AUGAAAAAGGGUCGCAUCCGCAUCAACCGUGCUUUGGUUUCGUCACCAUCCCGUCGGGCCAACGGAAGAUUGACGUCCAACCGGCUGGUUGAGCUCAAGCUCGGCAGAGUAAAGUGGGCCCACUAG